ACUCACCUGCACAAGCACAGGAACGGACGCCUAACCCGAACAAAGGACUCCGGGCCCACCCACAUCAGCGCACCCUUCUCUGGACUGUAUUUGACUUUAGAAAAGACUGAAUCAUGUGUUCUGGAAAUUUCGCCAAAUGUCUGGGGAUCACCCUCCUCCCACUGGCCAUCAUCUGCAUCCUCUGCAACAUUCUACUGUUUUUCCCUGGCGGUAAUGUAGCUGAUCAGAGUAGCGACAUCACGAACGAAGUCUUUUACUUCGGAGGAAUUUUGGGAUCCGGUGUGCUGAUGAUUUUUCCUGCCCUAGUUUUUCUGGGCUUGAAGAACAACGACUGCUGUGGCUGCUGUGGAAAUGAGAGCUGCGGGAAACGUUUUGCGAUGUUCAGCUCAAUCCUGUUCGCUGCAGUCGGGGCUGCGGGCGCAGCUUACUCCGUUAUCGUGUCUUGUGUGGCCAUUAAUCACGGGCCCAAGUGCUUCGUCAGCUAUUUCAAUGGGACUGCCCAACAAAUUAACGUCACUUACCCAUUUGAAGAAGGAAACUACCUGUCCAACAGAACGCUGUGGGAUCUGUGCGAGGGUCCGGGCGAUAUUGUCACAUGGCAUCUGACCCUGUUCUCGAUGCUGCUGAUCGCUGGUUUGGUUCAGAUCGGUCUGUGCGCCUUCCAGGUGAUCAAUGGGCUCAUCGGAACAAUCUGUGGAGACUGCUGCGGCUGCUGUGGGAGUUCCUAAACAACUCAGAAUGGACUUGGAUCAGUGAUUCUUCAGGACUAAUCAUACAUCCAUAUUUGCAAUUUUCAAUGGUGUUUCUCCUCCUGAUUUGUAUAUAUACUGCUCAGAUGGAUGCUGUUUUGUUCCGAAUUUGCUGUAUCUGCCUGACGGCUGAUGGCUUAUGAAGGCAACACACACACACACACACACACACACAUAUACACAUAUAUGAAUAUUAUAUAUAUACAUACAUACAUAUAUUAUGUAUUAUAUAGAUUUAUAUGAUAUAGGAUAUUGAGAUUAUCUUCUUCUUCUUAUAUUGAAUAUUGAAUAUUUAUUCUAAAUGUAGGAGAAUGUUAUUUUCAUACAAGUAUUUAGUCUUUUUUUCAUGAUAGAUAAAGGGAAUGUGCAAAUAUAUUGAAUAUUUGAUAAAAGCUGUCAUUUUUUUUAUUAUUUUAACUCAGGAAAUUGGUUGAAAUAUAUUGCUAUAUUAGUAAAAGGAUAUGUGACACAUAAUAAAGUCUUGAUUUAAAAAGCA